GAGUUAACAUACGCAGGAGCACAAAUUUCUAUUAUAAAGGUAUUCUUUUGAGGAAUGGAUGGUAAAGCUUUAUUUCUUUUAAGAACGCAUUUGUAUAGACAGUAAACCAAAUAAAUCGUUUUUACGAAUACACUAGUCUUGUGUCAUAUGAUCAUCAUUAACUGAAGACACUUUUGUCAGUAGGCGUUGACUCUUUGAAAAAUUCGUUUCCAACUUAGUUUAUUGAAAAAGUAAUAACCAGAUUUUGUAUUAGGAAGAAACGAGUUAAUCUUCAAACUUCAACAUGGCACUAAGUGAUGCAGAUGUACAAAAACAGAUUAAACAUAUGAUGGGUUUCAUUGAGCAAGAAGCCAAUGAAAAAGCAGAAGAAAUUGAUGCUAAAGCAGAGGAAGAAUUUAAUAUUGAAAAAGGUCGAUUAGUUCAGCAACAAAGACUUAAAAUUAUGGAAUACUAUGAGAAGAAAGAGAAACAGGUGGAACUUCAAAAGAAAAUUCAAUCAUCGAAUAUGCUGAAUCAGGCUCGUCUAAAAGUCCUGAAAGUUAGAGAAGAUCAUGUACGUAAUGUACUUGAUGAGGCCAGGAAAAGAUUAAGUGAAAUAUCACAAGAUGUUUCACAGUAUAGAGAAAUUAUGAAAUUAUUGAUUGUUCAAGGCCUAUGUCAGUUGACAGAAAGUCAUGUAACUAUUCGUGUACGUCAAGUUGAUCUCCCUUUAGUUGAAUCUAUUAUUGAGUCGGUUCAAGAUAAUUAUAAACAAAUAACAAGGAAGGAUGUUGCAAUUAAAAUUGAUCAAGAUAAUUUUCUACCUCCUGACAGCUGUGGUGGUGUUGACUUAUUUGCAGCAAAAGGACGUAUAAAAGUCAGCAAUGCUUUGGAAACAAGAUUAGAAUUAAUAGCACAGCAAUUGGUACCAGAGAUACGUUCUGCUCUCUUUGGAUCUAAUCCCAAUCGUAAAUUCAGUGAUUAAGAAAAUUUCUCUACAUUUUCUCUUCUUUUCAUUCUGUUUUCCUUCCUACUAAACAUUCCCUUCUUUAGAAUGCAGAAAUGAAUAACAAUUUGUUGUGUAGAAUAUAGAAUCUGUUGUUGAAAUUGUUGAAAAAAGAGAGAAAGUGAAAUUGUAAAAUAUAUCUAUAUAUCUAUAUAUAUACCUGUAUGUAUAUACAUGCUUACACGUGUGCAUAAGCGUACAUAACACACACAUUCAAUAUACAUAUGUCUAUAAAGUAUUUUAUGUGAAGAAAUUUUUAA